GUUUCAUGGUGCAACAUCGAUGUUUGUCUCUCACUUUUCCAUCCACAAAAGUUACCACAUCUUGCGGCCACGCCUUUUGAAGAAGUCCUUGUUACCUUAAACAUUCAGACACAUCAACCUUUAAAGCUUAAACCCCACAGUGGUGCCGAUAACCUAGGCACUGCACGUGUUACCCCAUACAUAUUUCAUCACAAACUCCCUCUCUUUCCCUUCAAAAGCUCACUCUUUCUCUUCUCUUGUUCACCCUCUCUCUUAUCUCUCUUUGAAACUCUCACCUUAACCUUGGCCUUGUUGCAAUGGCUGACACUAGUUCUUAUGGGCCAACACCUCCGCUGAAAAAUGAGCUUGACAUUGUGAUCCCCACCAUAAGGAACCUUGACUUUCUUGAGAUGUGGAGGCCCUUCUUUCAGCCUUACCAUUUGAUCAUUGUGCAGGAUGGUGACCCCACCAAAACCAUUAAGGUUCCUCCUGGUUUUGACUAUGAACUAUACAACCGCAAUGACAUCAACAAGCUUUUGGGUCCAAGGGCCUCUUGCAUCUCCUUCAAGGACUCUGCUUGUCGCUGUUUUGGCUACAUGGUGUCUAAGAAGAAGUACAUUUACACCAUUGAUGAUGACUGUUUUGUUGCCAAUGAUCCAUCUGGGAAACCUAUUAAUGCACUUGAGCAGCAUAUUAAAAACCUUCUGUGUCCAUCCACACCCUACUUCUUCAAUACCCUUUAUGACCCCUUCAGAGAAGGUGCAGAUUAUGUUCGUGGAUACCCUUUUAGUCUUCGUGAAGGCGUACCAACUGCUGUUUCCCAUGGACUUUGGCUCAACAUCCCAGACUAUGAUGCUCCUACACAGCUUGUGAAGCCUCUUGAGAGGAACACUAGGUAUGUAGACGCUGUUUUGACCAUUCCAAAAGGCACUUUGUUCCCCAUGUGUGGGAUGAACUUGGCAUUCGAUCGUGAUCUUAUUGGACCAGCAAUGUACUUUGGUCUCAUGGGAGAUGGUCAACCAAUUGGACGCUACGACGACAUGUGGGCUGGCUGGUGCUGCAAGGUGAUCACUGAUCAUUUGGGGCUAGGAAUCAAGACUGGUCUACCUUAUAUCUAUCACAGCAAAGCCAGUAACCCAUUUGUAAACCUGAGGAAAGAGUACAAAGGCAUAUUCUGGCAGGAAGACAUUAUUCCAUUCUUCCAGAAUGUUGUUCUUCCAAAAGAAUGCACCACUGUUCAGAAGUGCUACAUUGAGCUCUCCAAGCAAGUCAAGGAAAAACUCACAAAGGUAGAUCCUUACUUUGACAAGCUGGCAGAUGCCAUGGUCACUUGGAUUGAAGCUUGGGAUGAGCUUAACCCUGCUGGGGCAUCUAAGGCCAAGAAAUAAAUCAACCUUGGUUAGCAACCAGUGAACUAGAAAUUGAACUAUUUUUAUAAUGUAUUGGGUUUUUUGAGUGCUUUUCAACUUACAGUUAAUGUCACUUAAAGUUUGCAGCAUUGCUAGCUGUAAUUCUAUUUUUCAUCUUCAUGCUUUGAGCUUAGAAACAAUAAAGUACAAUGUUCUAGGUCGUUGUUUUCUUGUGAUUUUUUUCCUCGAGUAGAAAUCGCUGCAGGGCCUUAUCACUUGCAAGUACUGAGCAAGUGUCAUAGGCAGAAUAUUAAUGUGUGGUUCAUUACAGUUUAAUAGUGAUCGGAUUUUUUUGCU